UCUCGCGAUAGGAGCUAGGAGAAGAUGGCCGUGGCCUGUUUUUCGGUGUGAAGCUGUGCUGGCGUCGGCUGCAAGAACUGAGAUCUCGUGCCGGGGGCAUCUGGAGCUCUAGCUCCCCCCAGCGAGCGCGCGUCCCUUCGUGCCUAGGCGAGAGCCAGCUCUUUUUCCUCUAGGAGAUGCGUUUGUCCCAGGCUAGGGGACGCUCUGGGAGUUCAUGCUGCGCUGGAGGCUCCUGGCCGCCGCUCUAAUCGUCUUGUGCCGCCGCAGCGCCAGCUUCAUCCCCGGCGGUGAUCCUCCCGGAAACCCCCCCUGCCCCUGGUGGAGGCUAUGACCGGGGAGAAGAUUCGCUCUUUGCGGAGGGAUCACAAGCCCAGCAAAGAAGAAGAGGGGGACCUACUGGAGCCAGGGGAUGAGGAAGCGGCGGCUGCCCUCGGCGGCACCUUUACUAGAUGCAGGAUUGGCACAGGCGGCAGCGGCAAGGGAGGCAAAGCCUGUCAUAAGAUCUUCAGUAACCAUCACCAUCGGCUGCAGUUGAAGGCAUCUCCGGCCUCCUCCAAUCCCCCCGGAGCCCCGGCUUUGCCGCUGCACAAUUCCUCCGUGACUACCGCCUCUCAGUCCCCGGCUGCUCUAGCGGGCACCAAUCCCAUUGCUGUCGUCACAGAAGGAGGUAGUUGUCCCGCACACUACCCGGUGCACGAGUGCGUCUUCAAGGGGGAUGUGAGGAGAUUGUCCUCUCUCAUCCGCACUCAUAAUAUCGGGCAGAAAGAUAAUCACGGAAACACUCCUUUACAUCUUGCUGUGAUGUUAGGAAAUAAAGUCACUGCACUUUUAAGGAAGCUUAAGCAGCAAUCCAGGGAAAGUGUUGAAGAAAAACGACCUCGAUUAUUAAAAGCCCUGAAAGAGCUAGGUGACUUUUAUCUAGAACUUCACUGGGAUUUUCAAAGCUGGGUGCCUUUACUUUCCCGAAUUCUGCCUUCUGAUGCAUGUAAAAUAUACAAACAAGGUAUCAGUAUCAGGCUUGACACAACUCUCAUAGACUUUACUGACAUGAAGUGCCAACGAGGGGAUUUAAGCUUCAUUUUCAAUGGGGAUGCGGCACCCUCUGAAUCUUUUGUAGUAUUAGACAAUGAACAAAAAGUUUAUCAGCGAAUACACCAUGAGGAAUCAGAGAUGGAAACAGAAGAAGAGGUUGACAUUUUAAUGAGCAGUGAUAUUUACUCUGCAACUUUAUCAACCAAAUCGAUUUCUUUCACACGUGCCCAAACAGGAUGGCUUUUUCGGGAAGAUAAAACAGAAAGAGUAGGAAACUUUUUGGCAGACUUUUAUCUGGUGAAUGGACUUGUUUUAGAAUCAAGGAAAAGAAGAGAACACCUCAGUGAAGAAGAUAUUCUUCGAAAUAAGGCCAUCAUGGAGAGUUUGAGUAAAGGGGGAAACAUAAUGGAACAGAAUUUUGAGCCAGUUCGAAGACAGUCCCUUACCCCUCCUCCACAGAACACUAUUACAUGGGAAGAAUAUAUAUCUGCUGAAAAUGGAAAAGCUCCUCAUCUGGGUAGAGAACUAGUGUGCAAAGAGGGUAAGAAAACGUUUAAAGCCACAAUAGCUAUGAGCCAGGAAUUUCCCUUAGGAAUUGAGUCAUUAUUGAAUGUUUUAGAAGUAAUAGCUCCCUUCAAGCACUUUAACAAGCUUAGAGAAUUUGUUCAGAUGAAACUUCCUCCAGGCUUUCCUGUAAAACUAGAUAUACCCGUGUUUCCCACGAUCACAGCCACUGUGACUUUUCAGGAGUUUCGGUAUGAUGAAUUUGAUGGCUCCAUCUUUACUAUACCUGAUGACUACAAGGAAGAUCCGAGCCGCUUUCCCGAUCUUUAACUGACUUUGAAAAUGAUGUUCUUUAUCAAGGAAAGUAAAAGAAUGCAGAGACCUCAGAACUGGAUCCAAAUAGAAGGGAUAAAUGCUUUCAGCAAAGAAAAGGGAAUUUUCCAUUGAAUUGACACAUCAGUCAUGUAAUCAAAUGGGCAUCUAGUAAGAAUUUCAGCAUUUCUUGAUGUGCCAUUUUCAGUCUUUUUUAAAAAUAUAUAUAAGUGUAAUAGUCUGACACCUUAAUGACCCUAAUACCUUCUCAUGUAAAACAGCUGAGUGCUGUGAUUUGUUUUUAAAAAUUUUUACACUUCCUGUUGAAAUAUAUAUGCAUAUAAAAAUAUAUAUAUCUAUAUAUAUAUAUAUCUAUAUAUAAAACACUCCUGGACCAUUAACAUAAAUUAAAUGUCUUAAGAGAUAUGAAGUCCUUUUAAACUUGUCAUCUUAUAUUCAAGGUGACUAUUUAUAAAUAUUCCUUCAAACUUUGUUUUCAAAAAAUAUAAACUGUGUAACAUUAUGUAUAGUUCAGUAAUUUGAAUGUUUGUUCAACAUAAUGAACUAGAAGGAAUGCAGUUUUCUGUAGAUGGAUGAAUCAAAUGGUAACCAUUAAACAAUUGCAUUUAUCGUUGCAAUACAUUUCAGAAGGAGCGUUCACUCUGCAGGGAAUAAGGUACCUCCCUUAGCACCUUAGUGCAAUUCAUUGUGGUGCUAUUUGUUUUUACCUGAAUUCUUUCUUCAAUGGAAAAUGUUUGUUACUAACCUUCCUUUCAUAGAACUUUUUUUUUCCCCUAAACUUGAGUUUAACAAGUCCUUGCUAUAUGUUCAUACGGUAUGGUUAGCAUGCUUAAAAAUAUUUAUCUUCCAAAUCAUAGCACUUUAAGAAAAAAAUCCAAAUUUUUAAACUUGCUUCUUAAUAAGUGCACAUCAGUCUUACUUUGUGUAUAGUGAACUAUGGAUACAUUGGUGUCAAUUUUAAAAAAUAAUCCUUAUUUUGGACAUCACAUAUUUAGUGCUUUCAAAAUAAGGUAAACAUUUUAUAUGCUAAUGGAAUAUAUUUGUUACAAGUUAAAUUCCAGAAACCUACACAAGAUUGACAAUGCCUAUUUAUUUUUUUAAGUCACAGGAAAAUAUUAAUUUGUUUCCCAAGUGUUAAAAUCGUACAUUACUAAUUUUGCACUUAAAAUAUUUCAUAUUUAUUCCAGUAUGAUUUGAAGGUCCAAGAAUGAAAAUAAACUAGGGAGAAUAAUGUAUACAGUUAUUAAGUGUCAUGUAUUAAUGAGCUUAAUUUACAAAAUGUAUCCUGAUGAAUUCCCAGAAUGCAUCUGUCAAGUUUUUUAGAAUGACCAGUUUAAACUUCUUCCAAGAUUUUAGAGAAUUUGAAUGGGUUUAGAGACCUUUUUUUGAAGAUUUAUUUAAAGAUACAAGUUAUCUUUAAAUAAAUAUAACAAUAAACAU